AGAAGGUGUGAUGGGGUUUUCAGGUUGCGGUGGUUCAAUUGCAAUGGAGCUUCUGGCUUGAGGAGAGGUAUGGUUCUCGAAUCUGGUAAUGGUGGCGGAAGAUCUCUGCUUCAGGAGUUGGUGGUGGCGGUGUCUUUAGGUUGUGGCUCUUCUGCAGCGGUUGAUAGGUUAUGGCUCUAUCGGGUUUUGGCUGCCGGUGGUUGCGAGUUAUUGUUGGUGGGCUUUGUUGGUUCUGUCUAUGGAAUAGCUUGGGUCAUGGUUUUGCUCUCUGUUAUCUCAUGAAAGCUCCGGGGAUUGGUCGUGUUGGCUAGGAUUUGGAUAGCUUUCGUUUUAUCCCAUCUUUGUUCGUUGAAUCUUUUAAGCUUGUCUCCUUCCACCGCCUCUAGCUUAGACUAAUAAAUAGGUUUUCUCUCG